AUGGACUUAGAGAAAAUUUAUGUUCACGCGAAUUACAUUCACACAAGAUAUGUGAAUGACAUAGCUCUCGUCAAACUUAAAGCAGGAGUGAAGCUUGGUAAGUUUGUUCGCACUGUGUGCCUCCCCCAAAAACAGGAAGGCGAUGUGGCAGUUCCUUUGAAAUACGGCGUUGUAGCUGGAUGGGGAUCAACAAAAGCCUUGAAGCCUGGAGAGAGCCCCAGAGGUGCUGAGCGAUAUGCCAACACCCUUCAAUACUCUGUUUUUCCGGUUCAACACGACCAACUUUGCGCAAACAGAUCAGCUUUACCAUACAACUCGACAGUAACCUUCUGCGCCGGGGACGGACAAGGUGUAAAAGAUACCUGUUCUGGUGACAGCGGAGGGGCUUUUGUUCGCGAAUCAAGAAGAGGUGACGGUUACAGAUGGAUCGCUACCGGCCUUGUCAGCUGGGGAGAGGGGUGUGCCCAAAAAAAUCAGUAUACCUACUACACCAGGGUGUAUCCAUUCAUUGACUGGAUAAAUAAAAUUAUCAAUGAAGGUUGAAGCCGUAUUAAAGGAGGCCCAUGGCUAAUGAAUGGAGUCUUAAUAAUGGAAACGGUUAUAAUAUUUUAGAUUUUUGAUGUCUUUGUGAAUUGUGUGUAUUUUUUGUUUUUUUAUUUUUAUUUAUUUUUUAAAUUUUGUGAGAUCCUUUUUGAAAACCAUAUUUUAUAUGAAAAAGUCAUCUCAAUAAAGGUUAUUAUUAUUAUUAUUGAUUAAAAAUUAAAAAGCUUCAAUGGCUGUUUUUUAUGGUAAUUGAUGGAUCGAGGAUCAGUCUAUAACCAGUGUGAAUUUUGUGUAGAAAUUUUUUUUUUUGAGUUAGAGGUUUGUAUCGACUUCGUGAGAGACAAACAAUACUCUCUUAAAGUCCCAAAUCAAGGAUCUGUUGUCAUUCAGAUCAUUUAAGCAGUCAGGAGGCUUCAUAGACUUAACAGUUGCUAUUUCUAAACAUAUUCCUUAUAUUUUUGACUGCCGUAAGUUGAUUCGUUAGUGAAAAUUAAAUCAUAUUUCUCUUUCAGUAAUAAUUUCGUUUUUUAUUGAAGAAGACAUUAGAAUAAGGGGGGAUACUGGGGGGCAUUCAUCUUUAGCUGUAAUCAUUAGUAAACCCACGUCGCCUGUAAAUCUGGAGCACGCUAGAUUUAUACAAUCCAUCUCCCUACUUUCAAACCAGUGAUGUCAUAAAUCCUUAAGAUUUUUCCUGGAAGAGGCAAGUCAGGCAGUCGACGUCUCUAAGCGCUCCGGUGCUAUCAUUCGAGAGGUGAAUGAUGUACUUCACUGCCCCACUUUCGCCUGUAACAAUUUGUAAAUAAGGAAAAGACUUGUUCUAAAACCGACAAUGUUAAUGUCUUGGUAACGGCCAUGCAAUAGGCUUUUUUUUUUGUCGCAGAACCUUGCAUUUAUAAUCAUCUCCCCAGAUUUUGCUUCCGUAGGCCUUAGUGGACAGCCAGGCACUGCUGUUGCAUGUCUCUCGUGACGGGAAGACGCGAGCUUUUCAGCUUCUAUGGAGCAUUAAUAUUUAUGUUGGCAAAUGAUAUCAUUUGUGAUUGAUAGUCUUCAGCAGUGUUUUUGAAGACCCAAAUAAGGAAUUCUAAUUGUUAACUAUAAUUACUCAAUUUAGGCAAAUACCAGACAACACCCCGUAAAAUCUAACCUUUCCGAUUUUAUCCCGCUACACAAAAGUCUUUGAUAAUACAACUUGAGAGCCGUAUAACUCAAAGCGAUACAUGUACCGGCCAUACUGCACAUUUCCACUCGAUCCUGUCAGUCCCCUCUUUUCCAAACCUCUCCCUAACAGCAAUGUACCAAUUACGUCACCCUCUUUACUGGCAGGAUGUCAUUUUGGGAAAACGUGACCUUCUUGCUUCUUAAAAGGUUAACAGCCGUUGCACGAUAAUCAGUUGAAGGAUCCCUUGUAGACUAGCACGGAUUCAAAGUUAACAAUAGAGACUCAGCUGGGAAUUCCAUCUCCAAGUAGUUGAUGGUUGUGUCAUUUUUCCAGUUUUCGAAAUGUUUUCACUUGGCUAUCAGGUAGGUUCAGUUAAGGUACAAAAAGUAAUUGUUGUCUCUAAAAAAGUUUUUUUUCAUGCUAAACCAUCGGCUAGCUUAAACACUGUGCACGUCAGAGGCCUUUACGCCACAGACCUGCUUCGAAGAGUUAAGCUUUACCAGCAUGUAUGAAGAGGUUUCCAGAGGUUUAUAAAACGCAUGAUUUGAGCUGCAAGUCCACUGAUAACAGUAAACUAUUAGUCGGUGAAACAUUUCCUCUUCGUUUGAAUUCAUUCGAUUAAGUCUCGAUUGGACGUGCCAUAACAUUUGGCUUCCGUCAUUUGAAACAAAAGACCUAAAAGCCCUAAUGGUAUUCUGCUCAGAUUUUUAUACAUUGACCGCAUAUGAAAAUAAAACGGCUUCCAUCCUGACAAAAACUAUUUUCAGCAAUAUACUUGUGUGUAGCAGCCUCUAAAAAGUAGAAAUGACGCGAGACGACAAAUGUCAAGUGAAACUCGCUCUUUUAAUUCAUUGCAUUUGGUUUUUUAACUAGCUUGUUCUGGGUUAUUAUAAUUAUAAUUUUAAAAAAGAAAUAAUUAUAAUUAUAAUUAUAAUUAUAAUUAUUUCUUUUCCAAAUGAACAAAGAGGUAUGGCUUCUAGUGAAUAGUUGUGAAUCGUGUCAAAGUUUUCACCUGAAAAAGAAAAGAAAAAAAUCGCUAUUCAUCUAUGUAAUACUCAUUUAAGUAAAAGUCCGAAUACUUUCUUUUUUAUCGUCUUAUUUUCAUCAGAUUUUAAUGUGGUUAUUUGCGGCUUUACUGAUUUUCAUUGGUCAACGUUCUGCAAGUGCAAGUAAGUAUCAAUAUUAAGGUGAUUUUAGGAUCCAAAUGGCUGGUCUUUGAGAGUGUGCUAACCUUAGUGUGUGUCGACAAUUUGCACUACACAACGGAAGGAAAAAAAAUCUCACCACAAACCAACUUAACAACGGUGUAAUAACUUUUAUGUACGUACGUACGUGCCAGAUAUUAAGGAAGUAUAGCUUUGAUGUGCAAAAAUAGGAUGGAGAGAUGAAGCACCAAUUAUGUGAUUAAGCAUUCAGGAUAAAACACUCAGUUUUAAUUAAAGCAGUCAUUGUUGGUGUGGUAUUGCGUUGAAACAUGGUCUGAAGCGUUUGGUUACUCUUAAAACCAAAGAAAAACAACAUUUUUGAGUCGAUAAUUUGUAAUACAUCGGAAUUACUCAAAUGACGUUUGUUAUCAGCCAUAUUUCUAUCGCAUUGUAUCGCGCUCAUUUACAAAACUGAAAGUGAACGCAAGGGAAAAUAGGAGACGGUUAGGGAUGACUUAGCAGCAUUACAAAGCACCUACGUCUUGGUUAUCGGCGUUUCCGUCGUAUAUACAGGCGCAUGCGCAAGUUUAAAGACAGGUUCAAGUAAAAAUUCAGUGGCUAUCACUAGGAUUAAAAAAAUAAUGCAUCAGUUGUUUUAUAGACAUGUAAUUGAGAAGCGUCUUGGCCUUGCUUAUCCAGAUAUAAGUCUUAACGUCACGUUCAACCUACUCUGCAAACUCGUUUUUUUUUAGCUUUUGCAUCUGACGUUAUCUUUUAUGAUGUUACUGAUGAGCCACCAUUACUCGAUACGAUCAGGUCCAUUAGUGACUCGUAAAUAUAAGUUCUAUUUGUGUGAUAUUAUACUUACGUAUCUAUUGUUUCUAAGCAUUAAAAUGUAGCAGCGAACUUGGAAUGCAAGACAAAAGAAUCCCAGAUAAUGGUAUUACGUCAUCAUCUGAGUUAAGCGCCAAUCACGCACCUGUAUUUGCACGGCUGGAUGGACCGAGUGCCUGGUGCUCAGCUCCGGGAGAUCAAUCACCUUAUAUACAAAUUACUUGGGACGAAGAAAACCUUAUAACAGCGAUAACAACCCAGGGAAGUUUUCGCGAUUUUAGUUGGGCCAGAAAUUUUGAAGUUACUUACAUGAGAGACGAAAAAUGGACAUCGUACAAAAAGGUAACUCUUCUGAAAGCUAACAGUGGUGAUUUUACCAACAUUAUAAAGUUACUUUCGUCGAAACAAACCAAACCACUUUUUCUCGGAAUGAUUAAUUUGUCAUGACCAUUCACAUUGAAGGGAACAAAACGCAAGCAAAUAGCAAAACCAUAAGAUAAUCACCAUUAAGGUGUUGAUGCUUGCGGUUUAGAUUCCUGACAUCUCCUUGGAUCUUUUCGGAACAUAACAACAUUCUUGACAUAUAUCUUGUAUUCUAUUACUAUUGUGAACGUUCCGCGGAGCUUAAACUACUGUGGCGUUCAUAACGUUACAGACCCAAAAUUGAGAAAAAAUUGGCUGACGGCAAAUUAUUGAUGACACAUUACAAAUACAUUUAUUCUUACAAACAUUAUCUCUAACAAAGCUCCAUAAUUUUCUUCGCUAACAUAGCUACUACUGAGCUAGCAAUAUAAAAGAUACACCUUUUUUCUGUUUACAGCUACUUACAGGUAAUCGAAACAGCAGAUCCUUGAAAAAUAAUGUCUUCAAGCCACCAAUCAGGACACGAUCAAUCAGGAUAUACCCAAAAGACCCGUUUGGAUUUUUGAUGGAUUCAACAGUUCCUGUUGUUCCUUGUCUUAGAUUGGAGCUCUAUGGAUGUUCUGCUCCAGGUAGGUAAAGAUGGCGAACUUCAAAUCAGUGGCGUGGACCUAGCCUGUGUACAGACGUCCCAUCUUCCUCAGAAAAAAAUCGGGAGAAGAGACGUCUGUGAAUCGCCGUCGUAAAUCGUGUUCCGGUAACAUUUGCAUAAAUUAUUAUUUUUGUUUUUUCUUUCUCUGCCAGUUGAAAAGGUGUUGACAGACCAACACUACUCUGGACUUUUUUAGAGCACGUACGCAGUUAUUGUCUCGGAUGUUCUCAAAGUUUAUAGCUAAGCUAGUAAGCUCUAACUAGAAUAUCUAUCUAAAAUGUCAUUUACAACGAGUAUACUAUGCCUUCUUCAUAUAUUCUAACACAUUCUUCGGUCUUCUUUUAGCUCAUGCGUCUGUUUACUGUGUAUCGAUUUCCAGUGGUUUUCUGUUUGACAGAGUUUUGAUCUCGGAAGCACUGUUUACGUUUCCAGUCAAACGUUUUAUGCAGGAGUUGAUCCAUUCAAUGAUAUUUCGAGUAGGUUUCACGCAAAGGAUCGUUCACUUUUCUUCAGCAAGGAAUUAUAAUAGAAACAGCUCUACUUUUGCUUAAUUCUACGAGUCAUGACCGGCAAAUGUCGGCCGAAUAAGCCUUUUACAGACGCCAGGGGGCGUCUGUAACAGGCUAGCCGAACAUUUUCACUCAAUGUCCAUGCUAAAAUCCAGAUAUACGAUCUUUGAUUAGGCGUUGAAUUCUGUACACCAUUCUCUUUUACGGUAUUUAUUCGAUAAACCACCCUGGGCGCUUAUUAAAUUUUUGGAGCUUAUUCGAGGUGGGCGCUUAUUCGAGGCUGGGCGCUUAUUACAUUUUCACCAUUUUCAACAAGUGAAGUAUGUUCAUUUUGCAACAAAACAAUAAAUGCUAAUAACAAAACGCGAAGAAGUAACAAAGCAAGGUUUCUGUUAAAUACUAUGAAGAAAACUCUGUCCUCGGGGAAGUCUCUUAUUAAAAUUUAUUCACUCAAGUGGGUAGGGUGGGAGUGAGCGCUUAUUUGAGUUUGAUUGGGAGGAGGAGGGGGUGGGCGCUUAUUCGAGGCUGGGCGCUUAUUAACUUUUUCUGCCUUUAGGAUGAACGCUUAUUCGAGGUGGGCGCUAAUUCGAGGUUGGGCGCUUAUUGGAAUAAAUACGGUAUUUACAAUAGCCACCGACAGGGAACAGACGCACCGGCAACCGGUGCAGCAAACAUCGGUGGUCCGUUAACUUGACAUGCCUAUUCCACAGAGCGGUAAUACAAGUAAACAAAUUUAAAUGCGUUAAGCUGUCCACAAAAGCUGAGGUUUUCCCUGGGGAAUCUAUUCUGAGAUUUAUUCACCAGUAACAACACUAGUACUGGAAAUUAUUUGCGUCAUCGCAUUAACAUUACAACCAAUCAGGGGCUUUCCCCAACAUUCCGGAGAAACGGGAACAUAACUCAUGGCUAAAUAAUCGUAUCAAACUUUAGUGGGUAUGUUAUGACACUGAUAACGUGUUUACUUUUUUGACUUCUCGUUUCAUCUUUAGCGUCUUGUGAUCCUCUACAAAUCCUUAGGAAUGGAAAAAUACACAACAAUGCCAAUGAAAAUGGAGCAUUAGCCUCAUUUUCAUGUAAUGAGGGAUUUAAGUUGCAAGGUUUGAAGCAAAUCAGAUGUGUUCAAGGAAAAUGGAACGGCAGCAUUCCAACUUGUGAAGGUUUGAGAUAUGAAAAUGGACUAGACUUUUUGGUGAAAUAUUUCUCCUGUGAGCAAAAUUAAGUGAACUAUUCUUUUAGCUUCUUUUUUAAAAUAAAUAAAUAAAUAACAAUAAAUAGAUAAAUAAAACAUUUUUGUUCUCUUUCUCUUCCAAAGGCAACUGCAAGAAUCCACAACCUUUCAUAAAUGGUUCAAUCAUCGGAGAGGAUUACAGUUCUGGUUCGUCCAUUCAAUUUCGAUGCAACGUUGGUUACCAACUCCUUGGGUCAGAAAAGAUAUCUUGCGUAAGUGGGACAUGGAAUGAGACCAUCCCUGAAUGUACAAGUAGGUUAUCGACUGUUAAGUAAUUUAUACGUACAGCUUGAUGUAGCACUGACAAAAACCCAACCAUCAUUUUGCUUUGUAAGCUAGGGGAUUUAGGCUUUGAUUUAAUAAUAUGGCUUUAAACUAACUGGGACUUUUGAGAAACGCGAAUCACGUAUCCUAUAUACCACAGGCACGUGCGACCAAGCGAGCUGAUCUCGGUCUUCAAGAAUUUGGCAAACUGGUUUCCUAAACGUUUUGCCGUAAAUCUGUUUUAGGCGUAGUAUCUAAAAUAAAAUGUUAAUAACUGUUAAGAGAUUUUAAAAAUAGAUUUACAGAUCAUAUUAUUGCUAACAAGUCUUCAAGCCGCGAUUCUCACAAAACCUUGCGCUGUUUAAGAACAUUAGCUAACAUCAUUGUAAUUGAAGGACAUCUUUCGCGCUUCCAAAUCAUUCCCUGGGCAGGCGCUUUUUCUUCAAAUUUUGCUACAACGUCGAGCUUAUGUCUACAUUAAUUUAUCUUCUCAAAUCUAAAGUCUUGAAUUUGGACUAUCUCCUAAAAAUGCGUUAUCGGACGGAAAAGAGCCGAAAGGGUUUGUUUUUGCUUCACCACAACUAUCAAAAUUUCCUGGUAAAUUUUUGCAAUGGCUGCAAAAUGAAUUAGAGCGCAAUUUUGAACCGUUUUUGAAAAAAAAAAAAACAAAAAGUAAAAAACGUGUGUUUGUCUAUCCAACUUGUAGUCUUUAUAUCCCCUAAUGUUGAUUUUCUUCAAUAGUUUACAAUAUAAACGAUAAAUGAAGGUUAAAAGUUUAACUUCCCUAAAAUUUUUUAUAGUUGUUAAAUGUGGUGAUCCUGGGAAACCAUCAAAUGGAGAGCAGAUUGUCAAGAAAGGCUACGUCUAUGGUGGAUCAGUCAAGUUUGUUUGUGACAAGAAUUACACUCUAGUGGGGACUGAUGUUAUAUACUGUCAAGCCAACGGGAGUUGGAGUUCUCCCGUUCCACGUUGCUUUGGUAAAAUCCAUGACAUUAAUCCCACUUACUAAUAAAAUUUUUUGGACACUCCCUAACAGUUAGAUUUUAAGGUCGAAGAAAUGAGGAGUGGAAAUAUUGUCACUUUUUAAUAUGACUUAAGCUAGUUAGUUGUAUGAACAAGUUAACUUAGCGUACUCGAAAUAAAAAUAAGUUUAACACUAUACUGACCGUGCAUUCUCUGUUUCUGACUUCCUAAGACAGUAGGCUUUGGAGGCACUUUAAAACCGAUCAUGAUACAGCUACCAAAAUUCCAUAAUUAUUAAAAUAAAUGUAAUGAUCAUUUCCAGCAUUUAAUAGAAACAAUGACGCAAUGUAACGUACUUAUGUCGUCAUACAAGGAAAAAAACAAGAUUGAUUUGUUCUCCUUCUUCUUUGUUUUUUUUUUUUAAUUUAGCUAACUGUCAAUCACCUGGUGAUACAAAUCAUGGCCUUAAAUUUGGUAAUAACUACGCGCACGGAAAAACAGUUCGUUACUUUUGUAACCUUGGGUACACACUUGAAGGCGAGGCUAAACUGACUUGUGAAGACGGAAGAUGGAACAAUGAUACUCCAAAGUGCAAAGGCAAGCGUUGAUUUUUGUUUCUAAAAUUAAAAAUAAAAGCUUCGGCUGAUUUUGUGGGAGCAUUGACUGGUUUUUUUAUUUACCACUUUUGAAAUGACGUGGAAAUUGGUUUUAUCGCUAAAAAAUGAAUUGGCUCAAAAUUUUGAACUGUUCAAAGAAGAAUUAACUCGUGUACAUCUAUCCAAGUUGUAGUAAAAAGUUUUUCUUGAUGCCCUGCAAUCUUGAUUUCAUAUACUAGUUUAUAUGUAAGCGACAAAGGCAAUAUUCACUUUCCUAUAAUUCUUAUUAUAGCUGUUGAGUGUAAUGAUCCAGGGAAACCGUCAAAUGGAGAAAAGAUUGUCAAGAAGGGCCACGUCUAUGGUGGAUCAGUCAAGUUUGUUUGUGACAAGAAUUACUCUCUAGUGGGAACUGAUGUUAUAUAUUGUCAAGCUAACAAGAAUUGGAGUUCCUCUGUUCCACGUUGCUUAGGUAAGUUCCAUGGGUGUGAGCAAGAGAGGAAAAAGGGGACAGAGAAGGCAUCCCCCAUACACACUCUAUUCCAUAGGUAAUUUGUCCCGAGUUAUUUUUAAGACCACCGAUCCCACGGGGGAUUAGACAACAGCCAAUCAAAUAGCGCGAAUGUGUCCCGCGUGGAUGACCCAUGUUUGGAGCCACGCGUCCUUCACGAAUCGACGCAGAACGAAAUGGCGGAAGACUCGGAGAGCGAUAUUGCAAUUCGUUUUGUUGAAGAAAACGACUACAGAGAGAUUUCAGCUAACGAUGAGUCAGCGAAACGGAAAUUAUAGUCAAACCAAAUCAAGUGUACCCCCCAAGGAUGCAUUAAUGAAUUUAGUAUUCGAAAGUUGAAUCCGUUGCUAGUUGUAGAUUGCACAUUGAUCUCUGCAUUUUUGUAUGUGUAAUGAGCCGUGAAUUCACACGCGAGGAAGUUAUGAAAUUUCUACCAGCUCCACUUUCCUGAAAUUGAUGUAAAUGUCUUCUAAGAAGCUUAAUCCACUCAAAGGUUUCCAAUCUGACCAAAUACAGAGAAGCUCUCGUAAAAUAUUCACUGCUCAUUACGCAUGCAGAAAUGGCGCUUUGAAUUUGACACCAGUUACGGGAACGACUAACGGAUUCAUUUUUCAAAUAAUCAAUUCACUGGUAAAAUCUUGGGGGGUACGCUUGACUUGGUUUGACUGCAAAAAAGAAUCUCCUUUCCUCUUUUGUAUAGAGCUAACAGUACAGCACGGAAAUCCUUAACACACUGAAUAUUCUCUCAAGAUUAUUUAUAAUUUACAGUUUGAAGAGAGAAAUUUCUGGUUUGAUAUUCAUUCUUUUAUUAGUCUUUUAUUAUUCAACAACAAAAAAAAAAAACACUUGGCGUCCUACUUGCUUUAUUGUACAAAAGACCGGUUUCAAUACACCGGCGAAAGUUCUCAUUUUAUUAAGGCACUGAGGUUACGACAACUUCGAGUAAACUGAUUCCACGGGUUGUCAAAGAGUACAGCGAUUCCCUUUUCCCAAGUGAGCGCCGACUCAUUUCGCUUCAAUAUUCAGGAAUGUUCUCGAUCUCUUUACGCUUUCAUUGCCUUUCGCCCGACAUAUUUUUCACAGCGUCUAGACAUACGAAACCUCCACGACACAUCCACGCAGCACGCGAGGUAACUUUAUACCGAUUCUAAAAAUAACUCGAGACGAAUUACCUAUGGAAUAGGGUGUGUAUGGGGGAUGCCUUCUCUGUCCCCUUUAUCCUCUCUUGGUGUACGAGAAUUAAUAAGGAGAAUUAAGGACACUAGCCUCACAUGUUUUUUCAAUGCCCAGAUAUAGUUCGAUUUGAUGGUCGAAGACACACAAUUUCUGUAAUUUAAUUAGGGGUAGGAAAUUACUGCUUUUCAUCAAUCCGUAAACUAGUUAAUUAUUGAAUUUGCGUCAUAAAAAAAAAAAUUCUUUUGUUGCCUUACAGUCUUUUUUCUUUUGUUGAAGUUAGUUUGUUGUGUUUUUAAUUAAGCUGACUGUCGAUCGCCUGGUGAUAUAAAUCAUGGCCUUAAAGUCGGCAAUAAUUACACCCACGGAAAAACAGUUCGCUACUUUUGUAACCUUGGGUACGCACUUGAAGGCGAGGCUCAACUGACUUGUGAGGACGGAGGAUGGAACACUGAUACUCCCAAGUGCAAAGGUAACGAUCAUUGUUGUUUAUUUUCCAAACAGCUUUUGUUAUUUAGAAACUUGAGCUUGUCUCUAGUCCGGCUGGGACCUGAGUUUCUGAAAAGUCUAUGUAGUGACCUAUCCGGGAAAUCGGAGUGUUAUAAUUUAAUAAGGAAUUUACCUUAAAGAUCGAGGUUAGAAUGGCUUUAAAAGAGUUAAAAAAAAAAAAGCUAUCGGUUAAAGAAACAACUGGUUAGUUUGGGGACACAGGUGUUAGAUUCAAGAAAAUGGGUUUAGGCUGGUACUGAUUUUAGGGGUCUUUUAAGAAACGUGCAACACGCGUUAUCAUACACGGGAAAGGCACGUGCGACCACGCAAGCUGUUAGCAGUCUUCUUGUUUUCCAAAACAAAAUGUUGUAUUGAGUUUGGAGCUUAAAGUUGUUGUUGUUGUUUUUUGCAACUUUUAAUACCACGUAACAAAUUUUGGUGUAAUAGCUGCAAAAUAAGUAAGCCCUCAAAUUUUAACCGUUCAAAGAAGAUUUAACUCGUGUGCACCUACUUUAAUUGUAGUCAAAAGUUUUACUAAUAUCCUGUGAUCUUCAUUUCCCGUACUUGUUUAUUUGUAAAGGACAAAGGUUAAAAAUUUAGCUCCCGUGCAAUUCUUAUAGCUGUUGAGUGUGGUGAUCCUGGCAAAAUAACAAAUGGAGAGCAAAUUGUCAAGAAAGGCUACGUCUAUGGUGGAUCAGUCAAGUUUGUUUGUGACAAGAAUUACACUCUAGUGGGGACUGAUGUUAUUUAUUGUCAAGCUAAUAGGAGUUGGAGUUCCUCUGUUCCACGUUGCUUAGGUAAGUUCCAUGGGUAAGAGAAAAUAAGAGACUUUAGUCCCGCUAACUAACUUUUUCCCAAGAGUUCUUAAAAGCAAAAAACAAUGGUUACAUUUCGUGGUUGUUAAAACAUGAUCUCAAAUACAAUCAUAAAUAAGCAGUAGCAAUAUCGUAGCUAAAUUAAACGAGAAAAGUUCGACAAAAGACAAGAAAAGUUCGUUGUAUCAAAAUAUAAACAAAAUAACAAAAUCUUAACCCUAAUCUGACCACGCUUUUUACCUUUUCUGGCUCUCCAAGACCGGUGAACAUCGGAGGCUCCCCUGUAUAACCUGAAAACAGAUCAUGACACAUCCACCAAAAUUAAUAACUAAUAACGUACUCAUCAUUUUCAACAUCAAGGGAUAAUUAACCCGAUUAAAUGUACUUAUGACGUAACAUUGUCAAAGUUAUAAGCAGAACCCACAUUUAUCUUUUUUCCCCUUAGAGUAACAUAAAGCGAGAAAUACUAAAAUACUGAAAUGUCUGAAAAAUCUUGAAGUUGGCUAGCACACUGAUAAUCUUUAACAAUAGCAGUGACGUCAUGAUGACUUUGAUUAUUAUUAGAGAACGAACUAGAACAACGCCACGUUAAAUCUGCAAUUUAUUUGAAUUAAUUUUGAUCAAAAGCGGUGUAAAUCGAGGACAAAGCGGUAUAAAAUAUGAUCUGUGUAUUAAAGAAUGCUUAAAAAGCAAAAAAUAAAAAUAAUAAACUAGGAGUAAAGUAAAAAAUACAUGUAAAUGUUUAACACUGUUGAAAUUUGAACCAUACAUCUACCAUUAAGUCAUUUUAUAUUCGGGUUUUUUUGAAUUCGCCAUUUUCACUUCUCCCAUAGUACACCUCGUUUGCCCUCCAAAGUUUUGCAUAACCUUUGCUUUUCAUUUCCCCUGGGUAUUGCAGUUAUCCCAGGAGGUACUGAAGACAAUACUUUCAUCCAAAGGCCAGGAGCAAAUCGACAGUUACAAUAAAUAAAUAGAAUAAUUCUAAAUUGAGCGUGAUACAAUAAUUCAAUAAGUAAACCUUGAAAUAAUUUUGUAAACCAACGCUGUAAACCUCGGUUCCCAUGGUAACUUCAAAGAUGACGUACAAGACGCGAUGAUUUUAAAAUGUUCUUAGAUUAUUUUUAGGAAAAUUUGCUAAGUUUUUUGUUAUAGUCUGAACGAUUUUAAAGGUCUUCAUUUUUAAAUUUUUGAGAUCCUCAAAGACCCCUUGGCUUGAAUGUGGUAAAAGCAAAAUCAAAAUAAUUCAGUCAAUUAGUUUCUUAUGAACAAAAAAAGGAAAGCGCAAUUUCUUUUGUUCCCUUACUUUUCUCUGUUACUAAGCUUGACUUUUUCUUUUUUGCAUUGAUUAAGCUAAUUGUCGCUCACCUGGUGUUUUAAAUAAUGGUUCUAAAAUCGGUAAUAACUACACGCACGGAAAAACAGUUCGAUACUCUUGUAACUUUGGGUACACACUUGAGGGCGAGGCUGAACUGACUUGUGUAGAUGGAAGAUGGAACACUGCCUUCCCAAGUGUAAAGGUAAGCGUUCAUUCUUGUUUUCCAAAAUUAAAGCUUGCAUUGAUUUUGGACUUUAAGAUUGUUUUAUUUGCAACUUUUAAAAUAUGACGUGGGAAAUUUCGGUAAUGGCUGCAAAUGAAUAGACCUAUUCGGCUAACUCAAUGUUGUACCCAAUUCAAACCCUUUGGGAAUAAAACGUUUUGUUUCAGGAAUUUCCAUAUCAUUUAAAUGUGAAUGCUACAUUAUAACGCAAAUACAAUACACAAAGAAUCUUACUCCCGGGAGAUUUGAAUUGGGUACAACAUUGAGUUUGCCGAAUAGGUCUAUUAUGAAGCCCGCAACUUUAAACUGUUAAGAGGAGUGUGCGUCUAUUCAAGUUGCAGUCUAAAGCUUUGCUUAAUACCCUGCAAUCUUCAUUUCUUGUCAAUCAAUCAAUCAAUCAACUUUAUUGGUACAUCCAAUCAAAAUGGGUUUUCCCAUAUCAGUUACAAUAAAAUCUAAUAUGAACAAUAGAAAUCUAAAAUAAACAUUUGAAAAUGAUAAAACAUUACCAUAUUAUUUAAAAAUAUAAAAUAUGCAUAAUUACACCUAUUGAGUGUCAAUGGCUUAAAAACUAGUCAUGUGCACGUCCUUUAAUCGCGUUCUUAAAAACAUUAAAUGACUUUAUGUUUGCUAAACUUUCUGGAAGGUCAUUCCAGAGCUGAACAGCCCCAUAUGAGAAAAAUCGCUGACCUGUUGCUGAUCUAAAAGAUGGUAUAUGAAGUAUAUCUUUAUUCCUAGUAUUUCUAGUAUGCACCUGGCUUCUUGUCGAAAACUUAUUACACAAGGAUGGUGGGGCUAAUCCCUUUAUACAAUUGAAAGUCAUUAAAAUGUCUCUAACCUCCAGUUGCUUAGCAACCGUCAACCAGUGGAGUUCCUUUAACAUCAGCGUGAUGUUUUCAUACUUUCUUGCGCCAGUCACAAUCCGUGCCGCAAAAUUCUGAACUUUUUGAAGCCUAGCAAUGUUCUUUUUUGUAGUACUAGACCACAUGGACGAACAAUAGAAAAGCUUGCUGAACACUAAUGAAUUAAUGAUGGUUAUGAGGGUAGACCUAUCAAACAAAUGUUUCACACGAUUGAUUUGGCACAGGUUACCUUUACACUUAGAUACAACCUCGGUCACAUGUUCGUCAAAACUAAGGCGCGAGUCCACGAUGACCCCCAAAUCGUUUGCAGAACGAGACGGCAGAAUCUCUUUACCGAGUAGCGUAACUCCAAACUCGAACCUUGAUGCGUAACUCUUGUAUCAUUUUAUUAUAUGUAAUCGACAAAGGCAAAAAAUUAACCACCCUGUAAUUAUUACAGCUGUUGAGUGUGGUUAUCCUGGCAAACCAACCAACGGAAAGCAGAUUGUCAAGAAAGGAUACGUCUAUGGUGGAUCAGUCAAGUUUGUUUGUGACAAGAAUUACACUCUAG